AUGGGGCAGACGAAGCUGGCAUCGACAAACCCUGCCAACCAAGCUCCACAGCAGAAGGCCGCGGAACAGCAACAGCAGAGCUCCGAAAACGUGGCGGGGAGGUUAACGGCCUUGGGCAAAAGCAUGAAGAAGACGACGCAGUCAUCGUGGGCGAGAGAGGGCUGUGUAGGCUCGUCCAGGCGUCGGCAGCGGCGGCCGCGGACACGGCGGCUAGACGGUGUGCUUGAAGCAGAGAAACAAGUGUCGUCGUCGUCGGCUCUCCGCGUCGGGUUGGUAGCUCUCCGGCGGGUACAAGCAGGGGAAGAGCUGUUCGCUCCGUACAUCGCCCUCGGCCAGCCCAUGCAGGCACGCCAGCGAGAGCUGUCUUCGAGGUUCUUCGCUGGUCGUUCUGCUAGUGGUGGCUUCGCUGCGGCUUCCGCUACUGGUGCUGGUGCCGCUGUUUCCGCGGCGGCGGUGGCGGCGGAGGUGCCAGACACAGCGCCGACCGGGUCUUGUUCUUUGCCGGGUUUGUCUUCGCUACAGCGGCAGCCGCCGCAGCUGGUGUGCAACUGCCCGCGCUGCCUUCUUGAGGCCGGGGGUGAUCAUCGCUUGUGCGGGCGGGAAAUACUCAAGGUCCUUGCGGACCAAGCUCUCGAGGAGGGACGACACGAGGCCGCGCUUGGGCUGUACCGAGCGUCGCUCGCCGUUCCGCCCCCACCCCCCUCUCCUUCUUCCAAGGCCUCCUCGUGCACCCCGGCCCGAUUCGCGGCCGACAUUCAAGCCCCUUCUGGAGCGAACAACAGCUGUACUACCGACCGAGAGGGAGGAGAUUUGACAGCCUGCGAUGCAUCGUCCUCGAUAGCAGCGGCCGCGGGCGCGGCAGCAGCAGCACCUGGAAACGGUCAAGGAGAAGAGGGAAACGAAACCUCCGGGGCACGGACGGCUACAGUCGCGGAAGAAGAAUCUGGCGGAUCGGAACCAGCAGCGGUAGAACCAGCCGAACAUCCAGAGCAAGAAGCGGCGGCAGCCGUGUUGAAUGGUGACGCCCUCCACGGCAUAGGGGUGGCACUCUUGGCGGCUGGGAAAUUCAGGGAAGCGUGUCGAGCGUGGGAAAGGGGAUUCCGCGACGCGCCAAAUCACCCGGUGCUUCGGGCGCAAGCGGAAAAGGAGGCAGCUUACCGCCCUAAAGCCGGGGAGGGCGCCAACUCUGGGGUAUGCGGAGGUGCGGAGGGCCCAUCGCCGGAGAAGCAGGGGAAGAGGAUAAUUAGCACUCCUCACGCGGAAGGUUUACUCGGCGGUAGCAGCGACGACGACACCCAUCUAUGCUUUGCGUCGAUCCCGGGAAGGGCUUCUGACAUCUUCCUCAGCCGAGAGCGGGUACUGUCGCCGGAGGAAUGUCGUGGUGUCAUCCAAGCGGCCGAGGACUAUUCACAGGCAAACGGGGGCUGGACCACGUCUCGACACUAUGCCGUACCCACGACCGACCUACCUGUGCACGCCCUGAAGUCCACGCUGCCGUGGUUCCGCUCCCUCGUCAGGGAGCGUUUGUUUCCGGCCCUGGCAAAGCGGUUCAACCUCGCCGCCGGCCCUCGGAGAGUUUUCGUUCACGACGCAUUCGUCGUGCGUUACGAAGAAGGGAAGCAGCGCCACCUUCCCCUCCACCGCGACCAGUCCACUCACUCCUUCACGAUAGCCCUCAACGGCCUGGAUCAGUACACGGGUGGGGGUACCUUCUUUCCGUCCCUUGGUAGGUCCCUCCGCCCCGCCGAGGGCCACGCCUUGUCGUUUCGAGGAGGCAUUCUUCACGGCGGGGAUCCUCUCCUCAAGGGCGUGCGCUACAUAAUCGCCUGCUUUUGUUACUACGACGACGGUGGUGACAGUGACGAAGAAGUGGCUCGUGAGGGAGGAGAGCUAGGUUCCGCAGACUCAAGGCUAGAAGCAAAGGGUCGAGAAAACUGCAAGAAUAUUGAGGGGGAAACGCUCGGAGGCAACAGCGGCGCAGUCAACAGCAGCAGCGCUGGAAGCGGCAGUACUAGUCCCGCCGAGAGAAGCGUUGGCGAGAACGGUAGGGCCGGCGGGGGUGGCGCCACAAGAGAGGUUAAAGGGGCUUCCAUCGAAUUCCGUAGCGACAAAGCGUUCUCCUUUGGUUUUGGCUUUGGAUGA